GCUGCCUGUGGGAGUGGAGCCGGAGCUUCGCUAGAUUUUAUUUUUCGCUGCAGUUUUCUUCAUGGUGUUAGCCGAUCUAUUCUCUUUUGACAUCAAGGACUACUUCGAUGAGACAAAAGAAGAUACCACAAGCAAAGCCUUAGCCCCCUUAUCCGAUGAUGUGAAGAGAACUCUUGAUGAUAUCUCUCAUCGGAUGGAAGCAUCAUCACUAGACAGUUUGGUGGUAGACUGUGGGCCUAUCAGGACUCGGCUUCAUGAGGUUCAAGCUCUGAUCCCAGAUGAGCUAGCCGAUGUCCUUACUCCAGCUGUCUAUCUUAAGCAACAACAAUUCAAGCUGGAGAAGGCCAAGCUGAGACUAGCCGAGCGUCGGGAGCGCAAAGACAUCGAGGCCACAAUCCAGGCUAAUCGGCAGCUUGUUCAUGAAGAAAAGGCCAAGCUUGAUCAGUUAUCUGAGGGCCCGAUCAAAUCCAAUAUUGAUCGACUUGAAGCUCGCAAGAUUGAACUCUUGGCACAACUUCAAGAAUGCAACACCGAGCUGGACAUGGAACAUAAAAAGCUAGCCGAUCUCCCACAAGCUGUCGAAGAACAGAAGGCAAGACUAAAAUCGGCUAUCAAGAAUGUCGCGGAUAUGACCAAGUCCCUAAAAGUCAUCCCUGGAACCGAUGCUCAAGAUGCCCAAGCCAUCGAAGAAGUAGAACAAAUUAGGCAAAGAGCUAUAUCGGCUAUCCAACGAUACUUGUCUCAGUGACAUUCUGUAAUAAGGCUUAGCACAUUUUGUAAUCGGCUAAGAUGAUUCUGUAACUAGUCUUGACAAACCUUGUGCCGAUUAAUAUAACUCCAUGCUUUUUGCUUAAAAAUUUUCCAAAUUUGCAACUUGUGAAUAUAUGUGCCCCCUACUUUUGCAAUGACAAAGGCAUUGAUAAAAUUAAAAAAUUGAACUAAGAGCGAUAUACCAAUAUCGGCCAUUGUACAUCGGCAAAAUACAACCGAUUACAGUUUAAAAACAACUAAGGGCGAUAUAAUAAUAUCGGCCAUCUCAAGGCGAUGCGAAUACAUGAGACGAUGGAUUACACUAGCUGUGAUGGCGAGGUUAGUUGUUAGGUAUUCUUGAAUUAUGAAUAGAAGAAGCGCCGUCCUUGUUUUUGAGUAUAUUGUCCUUUGUCCUUGCAUCAUAUAUGGGUGUUCGCUUAGAUGAUGCAAGCAUGUCGGCUAGACCGCCCGUCUAUUUGUCUUCAGAAUCCCAACUUAUCAUUGUAUUGAAUUUUGUAAUUCAGAUUGUUUUUGUCCGUCCUUGAAUCCAGAGCGCAGCCACCAUCACCCGGAGCGUGGUAAUUUGGCACACCGCCACCCGCGCUCAGCGGCGCGCCAGCGCCCCGUAGCAGCGGGCGACAGCUAGGGGCAUCGAGCAGCGGGCGAC